AUGGAGCCCUUAAAAGUAGAUGUCGUCCAUUUUUACCCCAGAGAAAAUGCGCAACCACACAAUACAGUCAAAUUCGAGGCUGUGAAUGACGAAAACCCAACAACUACUAUUGUUCGUCGGGGACAGCCUUUUAACGGUGUAGUGAGAUUCACCAGACCUUAUGAUGAAAAUGAAGAUCUCAUUCAACUGGUCUUCUCUCUUGGGGACAAACCGCAGCAGGACACAAUGGGAUCGAUGUUCCUGAAACGUGACGCUGUUCCCGACAAAUACUCUUGGACCGCUAAGCUUGUAGAUGUUCAAGAAAAUACCUUAUCUUUUGAAGUCUCCACGCCAGUGAACUUACCUAUCGGUUGCUGGGCUUUGCGUGUUGUUACCAGAUUGAAGAGUACUCCAGUUCGAGAAAUCUACGACUUUGACCAGGAUCUCUAUAUACUUUUCAAUCCAUGGAACCCGGAUGAUCAAACAUACAUGGAAGACUCGACUCUCUUAGAAGAGUAUGUGAUGAACGACGUCGGCAAAGUGUGGGUUGGGCCAAUUAAGACCACGCGUGGGAAGCCCUGGUUCUACGGCCAAUUCGACGCUGUUGUGCUACCUGCUUGUAUGUUUAUGUUAGACAGAGCCGAAAUACCUUUCCACCAACGAGGAGACCCAGUGAAAAUGUCUCGUGUCAUAUCGCGAAUCGUCAAUUCCAAUGAUGACGCUGGUGUCCUCAUCGGUCGCUGGGACGGACAAUACGAAGACGGAACCGCACCAUCAGAAUGGACUGGUUCUGUAGACAUAUUGGCGCAAUACUUGGAGACACAGCAAGAAGUACCGUAUGGACAGUGCUGGGUUUUCGCUGGUGUUGUUACUACAGUUUGCCGCGCUUUGGGUAUUCCUUCUCGUGUGGUCUCCAAUCUGGUGUCUGCCCAUGACGCAAACAGUUCCCUCACUGUGGACAAAUACUAUACAGAGAACAUGGAGGAGUUGGACUAUGACCCCAGCAACCCAGGGGGUGCAGACUCCAUCUGGAACUACCAUGUGUGGAAUGACGUAUGGAUGGCAAGACCUGAUCUACCACCAGGUUAUGGUGGUUGGCAGGCCAUAGAUGCCACACCACAAGAGACUUCCUCCGGAAUGUACCAAUGUGGUCCAGCACCCCUAGAAGCGAUCAAACAAGGGGUCAUUGGGGUAUCCUAUGAUGUGGAGUUUAUGUUGGCAUCAGUCAACGCUGACCUCAUGCGUUGGAGGAGAGACCCUGACGCUGAAAACGGUUUCUCUAUGGUCGAUACGAACAACUACCACAUCGGUCGUAUGGUGCUCACGAAAAAGCCAUACGUGUUCGACCCCCUGGGAGACGAGGACCGGGAAGACAUAACAGCUCAAUACAAGCAUCGUGAGGGCACAGCCAGCGAACGUCUAGCGCUCAUGAACGGCGUCAGAUACUCCGAACGAGCUAAGCGGUACUACGCAGUGGCAGCCAACCUCUCGAACGACGUAAAUUUCAAAUUGAGGGAGCUAGAGACUGUUCCCAUAGGAAAGCCGUUUAGAGUCACCAUCGACAUUGAGAACACGUCAGAAACGGAGGGUCGCAACAUUAAGGCAGCCCUGUCAGCUACCAGCGUCUUUUACAACGGUGUAAAAUCAGACGUAGUCAAGAAGGUUGAAGGAAAACUCUUCGUUGGACCUGGAAAGAACGAACAAGUGAGCAUACUAGUUCAGGCUGAAGACUAUUUGCCCAAACUCGUUGAGUACUGCAACAUGAAGAUAUCCGCGAUGGCCAUCGUUGACGAGACGAAGCAGUCUUGGGCGGAUGAUGACGACUUUCAGAUCCUGAAACCGAAUAUUAGCAUCAAAUUCAAUGAAGACCUCGUAAUCGAUCAGCCGUCAACGAUAGUCCUGUCAUUUGUCAAUCCCCUAGAUCGACCCUUGACGGGUUGUGAGUUCCGGUUGACGUCAUCCGGUAUAGCCGGCCGUACCUUCCGAGUAGCAGCAGCUGAUGUUCCACCCAAGGAAACACUUACUACAGAGUUACCUGUACAACCUAAUAAAUUGGGGAAAAUCAACUUCGUAGCGACGUUUAAAUCCACCGAACUAAAAGAUAUCAAUGGAGCCGCUACUGCUGAAGUAUACGAAGGAUAA